CCACACUGCUGCAGCAUGAGGCCAGGAUUUUCACCACGUGGGGGGGGUGGCCGAGGCGUUAGCCGAGGCGGUAGCUUCGGGGGCCGAGGAGGAUUCGGAGGGGGGGGAGGGGGGUUCCGGGGCCGCGGAGGUGGUAGUGGUGGAUUUCGCGGUGGCAGCGGUGGGUUCAGAGGUGGCAGCCGCGGAGGAGGGAGGGGAACUCCACGGGGGCGAGGUGGCCGAGGCGGAGGCCGCGGGGGCUUUGGUGGAGGCAAGAACGUGACGAUUGAGCCGCACAGACACGAAGGUGUGUUCAUCGCCAGAGGGAAGGAGGAUGCGCUGGUCACGCGGAACAUGGUACCCGGGGAGUCUGUAUACGGGGAGAAGAGGAUGGCGGUGGAGGAGCAGGAGCAGAAGGUCGAGUACCGCGCCUGGAAUCCGUUUCGCUCCAAGUUGGCAGCGGCCAUCUUGGGCGGCGUUGACCAGAUCCACAUAAAGCCCGGGGUGAAGGUGUUGUACCUGGGCGCCGCCUCCGGCACCACUGUGUCCCACGUCUCCGACAUCGUCGGGCCCGAAGGCUUGGUGUAUGCCGUGGAGUUCUCGCACCGAUCGGGCCGGGAUCUCAUGAACGUGGCCAAGAAGCGAACCAACAUCAUUCCCAUCAUUGAGGACGCACGCCACCCCCACAAGUACCGCAUGCUAGUCGGAAUGGUGGAUGUCGUGUUUGCAGACGUCGCUCAGCCCGACCAGACCCGGAUUGUCGCCAUCAACGCCCAUAACUUUUUAAAAAAUGGAGGCCACUUUGUCAUCUCUAUCAAGGCAAACUGCAUCGACUCGACGGCUCAGCCGGAGGCUGUGUUCGCCCAGGAGGUGAAGAAGAUGGCGCAGGAGAACAUGAAGCCCCAGGAGCAGCUGACGCUGGAGCCCUAUGAGAGGGACCACGCUGUGGUGGUCGGCACCUACAGGCCACCCCCCAAGCAGAAGUGAGGGACCUGGAUGCCUUGAUCAUCCGAUUGCCGAGCUCUCUCGGCCUCAGUUUCCUUCGGUUUCGAGACACGAGGCUCCUCGCACAACACGCGUCGUCUUCAUCUGUGUGCUUUGAGAAAAUAGAAACAUGCCACCACGUUUGCAUGACGUUGAGCUGCGUUGUAUGUGGGUCUGUUCAUAAUUACGCGGCAAGCAAAUAUAUCGGAAAAGAAAUAUUUGCGGCUUGUUGUGCGACUUCCCAGUUAUUGCUUCAGAUGUUUGCCCACAGUGGAAUAUGACAUCCCGACAUUCACGCCAAUGAACUCUGCUUUGAAACUUGUGAUUGGAACCACUUUUUAAAAAAGAGUUUUGCGGUAUUGUCUCCAAUUUUUUUUUAUUCGUGAACUUGUAAUAUUUUUGUGUGCGAUUAUCGUUACGUCCUUGCUAAAUUCAGACAUUUCGUAGUUAAGACAACCAUAAAACUCUGACCUGUACAGCCCUGAGUAAUAAACAAUUUAUAAUGAA